AUGUGUAUGAAAACGACUUGUGAAAAAUGUGCCAAACCAACAUGGAAAGGCUGUGGUCAACAUAUUGAAGAAGCAUUAAAAGAUGUUUCGGUUGCAGAUCGAUGUCAAUGUCCAAGAGAUUCUCAAUGUCCAAGAGAUUCAUCAACAAAACCUAGCGAUUCAAAAAGAUAUGUAUUUUUGUGUUUGGAUAUUUUUCAAUCAUCGUUAUUAUUUAAUAAACAAGACUUUUGUUUAAAAAUGGGCAAUAUAUGUUCAUGGUGUUUUAAAACUGAAAAUGAUUCACAAUUGAAUAGUAAUGUUGAUGAUCAUUCAGAGAUAACUAACUCACAACGUCUAGUAUCUGCGUCAAAAGUUAAUGAUCGAACACCACUUUUAGGUAAAUCAGGCAAUCAUAAUAACCAUUCAGUGACGACAUCAGGUUUUGAUAAUUCACAAUCAAAUGGUGAAAUAUUACCAGCAACACAACUUCCACCACCACCCAUAAUUAAUGAAGGUGGAACAGAAACUAAAACAGUAAAUGAAACAGCUGAAAGUAAAAUGGCAUUUAUUGUUGAACGUAUGUUAUCGACAUUAAUUGAUGUUAGUAAUAGUGAAUCUAAUAUUCAUCAAACAAAUAGAAAUACAAAUGAAUUAAAUACAGAAAAUGAUUAUUUAAGACAAUUAUUAACAAAAUCAUUAUCAUCAACAAAAAUAUUAGCAAUACCAGAUGUUGGUUUAAAUAAUCUCCCAUCAUUACUUUCUGGACGACCAAUAUCAUCUGAUAUAUGUCGUUGUGUAGCACAUACAGCCGGUGAAUUAUCAAAUUUAUUAAUUAAUGAAAUAAAAAUAAUACAUAAAGAACAACUUGUUGUCGUCUUUGAAUAA